AUGUCGCGAGCAGAUCGUAUUAUGAAAAUAGUUCAAAACAGAAAGAACAUUAUAGAUCUUCAAACAAGCUGUUCUUCAUCCACAAAGGUAAUCCAGGCCACUAAUGUACUUGCUCAAAAUGCUGAAAGGCCUUUAGAGUCGAAAUCUUGCAGUCAGGGUUCUAAUUAUCUAAAAUUAACUAAUGCACCAAUGUCCCCCACCAAAUCAGUAAUAAAUUAUGAACUACAUCCAGAGAAGAUCACGGGUUUAUAUCACGCUGCUGGUUCUUUAAAUGAGAUUGAACAACAUAAUUUAAAUACUUGCAGCCACACUUGUAUGGAUUAUUUAGAACAAAGCCAACCUGUACCUGAUUGUUCCUCUGAACUUAUUUAUCAGGCGUCGCCAAUUUAUACAGAUUUACAACCAAUUCAAAACAAUGCAUCUGCAUUAGUUGCUCCUGCUAUUGUCACUGAAGUUUUUCCUGAAAAUUCACUAUUGACUGAUGAAUGUUUACCAAUAGUUUCCCAAGAAAUGCAGAUCCACUCAAAUAAUAAUCAAUGUUUGGAUAUUGACACCCCAGUUGACCAGCAAAAUUACUUCAAUACAAAUCAAAGAUUGGUACAAGAUGUUCAAAAUUCACCAGUUCUUGAAGAAACCGUGAGUAUAGACUUGUAUAGUGGUAAUGCCGGAGACGUUUCAGCUGAUGAUACCACAUCUGGACCUAGCAAGGUAGUUAACUUUCGUAGCCGUAAAAUGGUUUUGCAAUCGGCCUAUACAGACUUCUUAGAUAAAGAAGAAAGAAUUUUAGAGUACGACUGCGAUUCAAGUUCUUGGGAAGGUUCGUCUGAGGAAGAAGAUAGUACAGAGGAAACAGCAGCCAAAAAGAAAUUGAAAAGGAAAAAGAAGAAAACAAAAGCGGUUGCUGCUGAAUAUGGAACAGUGGGAGAAUCAGCAUAUAAGAAAAAUCGGCCUAAUAAAGCGAGCGAAAGGCAACAACUAUAUCGAAGUGGCAAACAAUAUAAGAAAAAAAAUGGCAUAGAAGUUCCAGCAAAAGAAAUAGGACCAAAUCCAUGUCAACCAAAGAAAUGCACUAAUCGCUGUGACGAUAUAUCUGAGGAAAGAAGAUUGAAUAUAUUUAAUUAUUUUUGGUCACUAUCUCCACAACGACGUCGCGAUUGGCUUGUUUCAAUGUCAAAGAAAGAAUCUGAGAAAGAGAGUGAAGGACAACGUCAAGUUUGUCUGAAGUUUUUAUUAUCUACUUUGAAUGUAUCACAAAGAUAUGUUUAUUACACACUCUCUAAUGCUUGUUAUGGUUUGGGAAAGGAGGAUAUGCGAGGAAAAACUAUCCCUCCGAAUAAAACAAAAGAAGAAGUGUUGAACUCUGUAAGAAACUUCAUUACAAGUUUGCCAGCAGUGCCGUCACACUAUGCAAGAAAAGACUCCACCAAACUUUAUUUGCCCAAUGAGUUUAAGAAUAUUACAAAUCUUUAUAAUCUAUAUAAGAAAAGAGAAAUAGAAACAUGUAUAGAUGUUGUGUCAGAGAGGUUAUUUAGAAAAAUAUUUACGAACGAAUUCAAUAUCGGAAUUCAUAUUCCCAAGAAAGACAAAUGUGUCAAGUGUGUUGGUUUUGAAAACAACCCUAGACCGGAAACUGAAGUAGCAAAGCAAGAACAUGAUAAAGAAAAAGUUGAAAGUAAGAAGAGAUUUGAAUAUCACCAAAAAAUUCAUGAGAAAAAUAGAAGUAUCCUGUGUGUCUCCUUCGACUUACAGAAAGUUUUAAAUACACCGUACGGAGAAAUUUCAGAAGCUGAUAAAUCUAUUAUAGUGAAAAUAUUUGUUAAGAUAAAAAUGUCGCGAGCAGAUCGUAUUAUGAAAAUAGUUCAAAACAGAAAGAACAUUAUAGAUCUUCAAACAAGCUGUUCUUCAUCCACAAAGGUAAUCCAGGCCACUGAUGUACUUGCUCAAAAUGCUGAAAGGCCUUUAGAGUCGAAAUCUUGCAGUCAGGGUUCUAAUUAUCUAAAAUUAGUGCACCAAUGUCCCCCACCAAAUCACCGCACUUCUAUGGAUUAUUUAGAACAAAGCCAACCUGUACCUGAUUGUUCCUCUGAACUUAUUUAUCAGGCGUCGCCAAUUUAUACAGAUUUACAACCAAUUCAAAACAAUGCAUCUGCAUUAGUUGCUCCUGCUAUUGUGUCUGAAGUUUUUCCUGAAAAUUCACUAUUGACUGAUGAAUGUUUACCAAUAGUUUCCCAAGAAAUGCAGAUCCACUCAAAUAAUAAUCAAUGUUUGGAUAUUGACACCCCAGUUGACCAGCAAAAUUACUUCAAUACAAAUCAAAGAUUGGUACAAGAUGUUCAAAAUUCACCAGUUCUUGAAGAAACCGUGGGUAUAGACUUGUAUAGUGGUAAUGCCGGAGACGUUUCAGCUGAUGAUACCACAUCUGGACCUAGCAAGGUAGUUAACUUUCGUAGCCGUAAAAUGGUUUUGCAAUCGGCCUAUACAGACUUCUUAGAUGAAGAAGAAAGAAUUUUAGAGUACGACUGCGAUUCAAUUUCUUGGGAAGGUUCGUCUGAGGAAGAAGAUAGUACAGAGGAAACAGCAGCCAAAAAGAAAUUGAAAAGGAAAAAGAAGAAAACAAAAGCGGUUGCUGCUGAAAAUGGAACAGUGGGAGAAUCAGCAUAUAAGAAAAAUCGGCCUAAUAAAGCGAGCGAAAGGCAACAACUAUAUCGAAGUGGCAAACAAUAUAAGAAGAAAAAUGGCAUAGAAGUUCCACCAAAAGAAAUAGGACCAAAUCCAUGUCAACCAAAGAAAUGCACUAAUCGCUAUGACGAUAUAUCUGAAAAAAGAAGAUUGAAUAUAUUUAAUUACUUUUGGUCACUAUCUCCACAACGACGUCGCGAUUGGCUUGUUUCGAUGUCAAAGAAAGAAUCUGUUAAGAGAAAGAGAGUAAAACAUGAAAGCAGAAAGUCCAAUACAUUUCUAUAUUGUAUUAAUGAAGGUGAAGGACAACGUCAAGUUUGUCUGAAGUUUUUAUUAUCUACUUUAAAUGUAUCACAAAGAUAUGUUUAUUACACACUCUCUAAUGCUUGUUAUGGUUUGGGAAAAGAGGAUAUGCGAGGAAAAACUAUCCCUCCGAAUAAAACAAAAGAAGAAGUAUUGAACUUUGUAAGAAACUUCAUUACAAGUUUGCCAGCAGUGCCGUCACAAUAUGCAAGAAAAGACUCCACCAAACUUUAUUUGCCCAGUGAGUUUAAGAAUAUUACAAAUCUUUAUAAUCUAUAUAAGAAAAGAGAAAUAGAAACAGGUAUAGAUGUUGUGUCAGAGAGGUUAUUUAGAAAAAUAUUUACGAACGAAUUCAAUAUCGGAAUUCAUAUUCCCAAGAAAGACAAAUGUGUCAAGUGUGUUGGUUUCGAAAACAACCCUAGACCGGAAACUGAAGUAGAAAAGCAAGAACAUGAUAAAGAAAAAGUUGAAAGUAAGAAGAGAUUUGAAUAUCACCAAAAAAUUCAUGAGAAAAAUAGAAGUAUCUUGUGUGUCUCCUUCGACUUACAGAAAGUUUUAAAUACACCGUACGGAGAAAGAAAAAUAAGUAAAAUAAGAGUGGCUACAUUCAAGAAGUCUGAACCAACUAAGAUGUAUGCAAAGUUUUCAAUGGCUUCAGAUGCUCAAGAGGAGAUCAUACAAAUCAGCGGUAAAGUAAAGAAUCCACCAAAUUGCAACUUAUAUUCAACAUCUUUGUCAAUUUCCAAACAAAAAUAUAACGAUCUGAAUAAAUUGUGCCACUCGAAUGUAAUACCCUUGCAAUAUCAUAAUGAAUAUUUAAAUCUACCUAGAGGUAAUAGUGUAAAUGAUGUCCUUCCAGAAACUGACGAAGAAGAUGGACUUCAACUUUAA